ACUGACAACUGCCUAUUUUGUUUACCGACUGUAAAAAGAUGCAAUGGCGGUACGUAUCCCAGAUGAGAUCGUGCAAUGUAACCAGUGUUUUGUAAGUCACUAAGUUAUUCUGCCGAAGAUGUUGUUCCACCAUCUCUAACAACUUCCAAGCACUUUAUUUCCUUUCACAUCGUCUUGAAAUUUGAUUUUUGCUAUGCUGGAAGCGUAUUCUUCCAAUCUUAUUUGGCUUAUAGUCUUAGGUUUCAUUAUUUCCUUUGUUCUCGCAUUCGGAAUAGGAGCAAACGAUGUCGCAAAUUCGUUUGGAACCAGUGUUGGAUCCAAAGUCCUCACCCUAUUUCAGGCUUGCUGUAUGGCAACUGUUUUCGAAAUUGCUGGGUCUGUGCUUAUCGGUUACAAAGUAUCUGAUACUAUGCGAAAAGGAAUUUUAGACGUUCAUGUUUAUGAAGACUCUGAAACUGAGCUUAUGUUAGGAUGUUUAAGCACUUUAACUGGAAGUGCUGUUUGGCUGAUUGUUGCAACGUUCUUAAAAAUGCCUAUAUCAGGCACCCAUAGUAUUGUUGGGGCUACUGUUGGUUUUAGUUUAGUGGCCCGUGGCUUUUCGGGUUUACAUUGGUAUACCCUUGGAAUGAUAGUGAUUUCUUGGUUCAUCUCGCCCAUGCUAAGUGGUUUGACCUCCGUGAUACUAUUAUUAAUUAUAAGAUACGGAAUUUUGAGACGGCCAGAUCCGUUUAAAGCUGGCUUGAUAGGUUUGCCAUUGUUCUACGGUUUUACGGUAUUUUUAAACGUGUUUUCUAUUGUACAUGAUGGUCCUAAAUUAUUACACAUGGAUGGAAUUCCAUUGUGGUUAGCUGCUGUGAUAAGUAUUGUCUUGGGCAUUGUUACUAUGAUUAUUAUACAAGUGGUUGUUGUGCCCUGGCAAAGAAAGCGUCUCAAAUUGAGCGCUUGUAAACAUCCCACAGGAAUUGACUUUAACAUCGGAGAAUCAUCAGAUACUUCUCCUGAGGGUAGUCCACGGGCUUCGAAACGUAAUUCGCAGAUUCAUGAUCGCCAACUGACUGUGAUUGCCGAAAAUACGGAAAUGUUACAAAUAGAUAGUAGUAGUAAUAAGUCCGCAACCAAAUACACCUUCCCUUCACCCCCCGAUGAAGGUAAAAAUGGAUAUACGGCUGCAAAUGAACUCAAGUCGAAAGAUGCUGUUGUUGAAUUAAUGCCCAGUAAAAGUACGAUAACUCUUUCGGGGGAGGUUAAUCCAGCACUCUCUCCUAAUUCUAGUGCCGUUCCUUUAAUUAAAAAUAAAAGUUUUGCGAGAUCUGACAAAAGCAAAGAUGAAUGUUCUUUUACAGUACAGGAAAGUGACAUGGAAGAAUUGGAAAACGAAAAUGUGUCUAGAUUAUUUAGUUUUUUGCAAAUAUUAACUGCUUCGUUUGGAAGUUUCGCGCACGGGGGAAAUGAUGUGAGUAACGCCAUCGGACCAUUAAUUGCACUUUGGUUAAUUUUUACUGAAGGGUCAGUACAGCAAAAGUCUGAAACACCUUUAUUUAUAUUGUUAUUUGGAGGGGCCGGAAUCUCGAUCGGUUUGUGGGUUUGGGGAAGGCGGGUAAUCCAAACUAUAGGCGAAGAUUUAACCAAAAUUACGGCUUCAACGGGUUUCACCAUUGAAGUAGGGGCGGCAUUUACGGUAUUAUUGGCAAGUAAAAUAGGAUUACCCAUCUCUACAACCCACUGUAAAGUGGGCAGUGUUGUUUUUGUUGGAUACUUUAAUACAUCUAGAAAAGGAGUCGAUUGGAAAUUGUUCAGAAAUAUAAUAUACGCCUGGUUAGUGACAGUACCAGUUGCUGCAUUACUUUCAGCUGGUUGUAUGUUUAUAUUUAGUUGUAUAGUUUUAUAAAAGUUUAUAAUUAGCAUUAGUUGAAAAUCAGUAUUACACCAUUAAGUAUUUACUGCCAAAGAUAUAAUACACGUAAAAAUACUGCAACGUGGUUAAAAUUUCCAUUAUCAAAAAACCGUCGAUUUUUUGUAAUUUCAAAUACACUGCUACUACUGUCAAUGUGAGCUUAUAGUAGAAGGAGCAUUUCACAAAAUUGGACCGCAAUAUUUAAGAAGCUAUUUUUAUGAUGCAACGCAGAUUUAAAAUUGGUUUUAUGUACUUAAAUAAAUAAUUAAAUACUCUUUGUAUUAUAAGACCUUCACCUUCAAACACAUUGUGUACUUAUCUUGCCUUAAUAAUUAUUUUUGCGUUUAGGUGGAAAAGAAAAGGUUUUAUUUA